UCGUGUGGCAAUAAUGGUCGUACAUAAUAUGGCCACAGUGGGAAAGAGAAGUUUGGAACACAUAAUAUGAUCAUAGAUUAAUUUUUGUGUUUUUUGUUGUGAGACAUUUGAUAUCCUUUUACUAUGAGUUCUAUGGCAUUCAACGAAGGUGUACAAGCUACAAAUGACGAUGCAAGUGAAUGUAAACGCUGCGCAGUUCAAUUGGGUUAUUGGGAAGAUCGGUACAUUUCGUUAUUUGUACGAGCCGGAGAGAAAAAGACUCCCGAAAUAAACCGUGGAUAUUAUGCUAGGGCUAAAGGGGUAGAGAUGUUUAUUGACAAAUUUCUAAAGAAAAGUGGGAGUGAACGUCAAAUUGUCAACUUGGGAUCAGGCUUUGAUACAUUAUACUGGAGAUUGAAGGAUUCGAAUAAAAAUGUCACAAAUUUCAUUGAGGUGGAUUUUCCCAGCGUCACUGCUAGAAAAUGUUACUUAAUAAAGAGAAACAAAGUCCUGCUUGACAAAAUACACAUGGAAGAUGGAGAGGUACGCCUUAGUGCCACAGAUCUGCAUGCAGGAAAUUACCACAUUGUUGGUGUUGAUCUUCGCAACUUGCAUGAAGUUGAGGUGAAACUAAAUGAAUCUGAGGUUAAGUUCAACAUGCCAACUUUAUUCUUAGCAGAGUGUGUUCUGGUCUACAUUGAUGCACCCAAGGUAGAGCAGCUGCUCAGCUGGAUAGCAAAGAAGUUUGAUUCACCUUUGUUUGUUAAUUAUGAACAGGUAAAUAUGGGAGACAAGUUUGGUGAUGUAAUGUUACGGAACCUUCGGGCACGUGGAUGUCCAUUGGCUGGAGUGGGUGCAUGCCAGAGCCUCAACACUCAGAGACAGAGGUUUUUGAGAGCUGGGUGGAAUGGAUCACUAUCAUGGGACAUGGUGGAAGUGUAUGCUGCUCUCCCAGCUAGUGACCGACAACGUAUCGAGAAUAUUGAAUUUCUGGAUGAACAGGAGCUGCUCGUCCAGUUGUUCCAACACUACUGUAUAUGUAUUGCAUGGAAAGGAGAAAUGUUCUCCAAAAUUGACAUUACAUAAAACAUUAAUUUAAAUGUUCAGGCGUGUAUCUAAUUGUUACUUUACUGUUUCAGUGUGAACUUUUCUUGCAUAUGAUGAAAUGUCUUCAUAAUUGAGUUACAUUCUGGUCCUGUCUCCCCUUCCAUCUCCAAAAAAAGCAUUGCAACUGGACUGACUCUUGUCCUGGCACAAAGAGUGUAUGUAACUUACCCAUAAUGAUUCUCCCACUGUCUGAAUUAUUUUUAAUUUGCUGAAUUAUGGAAUUCCGUACAAAUUCAGACACAACAGAAGUUCAUCAUUGUACCCCAUAAUUACAACUAUUUUUCCAGAAAGAAUAGCUUUGCAUAUGUUUUUUGGAACAUGCCUUAAUACAUUUGUGUCACUAUUUUAAUAUGUUGCCUGUUCUCUCUCAAUACCAUACUGAGAGAACUGUUUGUCAGAUAGAGCAUCAACCACAUCCGAAAUAUCUGACUGAGUCUGAAUGUGAUAAUUCUGUUUUCCAGGUUCACAUGGAAAUUGGGCCAAGAUGGACUGUUAAAGUAGCUAAUAAAAAUUCUUAGAAACAAAUUUCUGUCCCUCACUGAUAAUACUCUUAAGUUAGACUUGUAUUCAGGAAGUACCUGGUUAAAAUCUAAGCAAGGCUGCCCAGAUGUCCUAACAGAUUUAAAUUUCCUCAGUCUCUCAAAGGUAAAUGUAGAAUAGUACACAGGCUAUGCCUGUCCCCCAUUACAAAUAUUUACCACCUCCUCAAUCAUAUUUUUGUUUUACUAUCUCAUUUGAUGAUAUAUUACCUCUGCAGUUUAAACAGCAUUGUUAACGUAAAGAUCAAUCGGUCAUAAUGCUCUUAGAGCAGAAUGAAAUUGAACAAUUGUAAAAUUGUCAUUGUCGGUUAUAAUUCUAAUUUCAUCAUGAAGCAUCUGAUUAAGGUAGGUAGGUUUUGAUUGGCAUAACUGGUAAUUUGUAACUAUCGCAACUAAUCUGCUUCUGCAUUGUAGAGGUCCCCUUUAUGAUAAACACCUUAUUCCAGCCACAUGCUAGAAUUUUCAUCAAGAAGUCAGACCCUGUUGAAGACAGCCUUGUAUCAUAGUCAAAUAAUACUGGAUUUGCAAAAAUAACUAUGUAAAAAUAUCUUGUCAUAAUGUGAUAUUUCUGUGAAAAUAAUAUGUAUUUUAUAAUCACUGACAAAAAUAAUAUAUUUUCACUGUCUCUUAAACUUUCAUCGUGGCUUCUGAUUUCUGAAACUGGCCCCUAAAUCUAAAAAAAAUCUGAAUAUCUGUGGUGUAACACUGGGAGACAACAUUCAGAAGUGUGUUGCAGUACUACCUUGUCAGUAACUUCACCCUAAUAUUUCCUCCAAAAUACUGCCAAAAUUAUUUUAAGAGCUACCAACAUAAACUACAAAUGUCAAGCAGGUGCAACCUCCACUUCAUAAUGAAUUUCUGAGUACAUAUAUUUAAUGAAAGGAAAGGUACACUGUAAAUUUGAAACUUUGAGCCUGUAAGUGUUGGAAGGUCCAUUGUGCUACAAGUGUAUGUGUAUGUAUGUAUGCACACAUUUAUUUAUAUGCUUCGAUUUUUUUCCUAAAAUUUUACUAGGCUGUGAGAAAGAAACCUUUACAUGGUGGCAAUUCAUGUAUUUGUAGUCAGUACAGUAAUUUUGCUCAGAUGAUCCACAUAAAGUGGGAUCAUCUUAGGAACAAGAAAGUUUACCACAUUUUUAUGUCAAUGAAUUAAGCUGACUGAAAACUGGACACAUAUUCAAUUACAUUUGCAUGACUGCCAUAAUAUAAAAGUGCAUUUCAGAUGUUGGUGUUAUUCAUGAAAUCUUGAAGUGCAGUUCAUUGACUAGUAUGUCUUCAGAGAGGGCUUCAAGACAUUUAACUUGUGGUAUAAAUAAUUACUAUGCAUCUUACAUGAUUUUGUAAUAUUACAUUGGACGGUCCAAUAGUGGUUGACAGAUGGUCUCCAACAUUUGCAGUAAGGGUAAAGUGGUGGAGUGUUGGAGGAAAGGAAUACAAUUUUUGAUGGCAGAGAGUAGUCAGUUAUCCUUUAAUGUAAAUUGGUAAGCUUUCCAGUUUCAAAUUACUGUGCAUAGUUUAACACAUCCAUUUCAAGGCAAUAAUUGUCUUCAAAUGUAAAUUUAAGAUUAAACCGGCGUGUCAGGAAGCCAUGGUUAAACAAACAUGUUUUUUUUUAUUUUAUAACACUUCUAUCAAAUUCAUGUCAAAAGUCAAUACACAUUUAGUUCUCUUUACUUUUAAUGCUUGUACUAGGACAUGUGAAGAUGCUGUUGAAUGUGAAUGAAAUCUGUUGAAAAAAAACAAAUAUUUCUGUGUAACAUUUAGAAUAGAUCAUUGUUCUUCACCUACCAAAAUUACAGCAAAUAGUAUGACGGUGCAAGCACAGCACCCAUCACCCAAAUACAGUACUCACAAGUUACUUGCACAGUCAGUGUGGAAGACUUCACUGGUUUCAGGGUUAUACUGAGGUGGUAUAUUUCCUCUCACAAACUUCUCUGUUCUGCAGCAUUAGUCAGCAUGUAUCAACACAGUCAUUUCACCAUGUAAAGGCAGGAAAGUCAAACCUUGUUUCCAGUCCCUUUGGAGCUUUCUGGAUUAAUCAUGUGCAUUAUGUGAAAACAAUGCAACAGAGGUCAAGGAUGUUACUUUUAAAAAACAUUGUUCCAAUAAUCUAAAGAGGAAGACAUUGUUUAAAAAAUUAAGUUUUGUAAAAAGUGAACUAUGAAUUCUUUCAUAACCUUGUAGAGAAAAUAUAAUUAAAUCGUAGUCUAGUGUUGAAAAACAGACAUGGUGCAAUUAGAAAAACCUAUAGACAGCAUAGUCUAUUCUUAAUGCUGGGUACAUCAUAACUAAGUUCACUGUGGGAGGACAUUUGCUUCAGUGCAGGGUUGUAGUCCUAAAAAUAAAAGUGCCUGGACAGUCUGGCACACAGUUCCAGGUUGAAAGAAGUGGGCAUGAAUCAUGAUAAGAGGCCAAUCUCUCUGGUAUAGUAUUUAAUGAUAGCUUUACACUUUUAAAUGCAAAAAUGAACACUGCAGGUCACAGAAUUAACAUAUGAUUCUUGUGAACACAAUAGAGUUCAAGCACCUAAAGCACUGCCCUGGCUCAACUACAACCCUGCAUGAAUAACAGCUGCAGUCAUCAGCAGUGAAUUAUUGUUUCCUGUUAAAUAGGUUAGAAUAUGAUUUUUAAAUCAAAUGCAAUGUCUUCUCAAAAUUAAUUACCAACACAUACAUUCUUGGUGGCAGAUGUGCAUAUGUUACACAUUUUGUAACCAGUGUUACAAUUUACUAUGAUUUAUUGUUAUUCACUUUCUGUAUUGUAUAUUAUGAUGCUGUACUGGUUGUCUAAUGCAGCAAUAACUUUAAACAAGUGCUAUAACUUUCUGUUGCCCCGUUUUCUGUUUGUGUCAGUUUCCUGUCAUAAUUAUAUACGAAAUGUUGGUCUUGGCACAGAUAAAUCCAUGAAAAUAAACUUUUCUGGGAAGAAUA